AGGGAGGGAGCAGAAGGAGGAAAGAAAGUCAGGAAAGAAAAAAGGAAAGAAGAAAUGAACAAGUCAAGCAAAGAUACCAGGGGAGAAUUCAUUCAUUCAAGCAUCCAUCCAUCCAUUCAUUGAUUCAACAAAUAUCUAUUGAAUUCCUAUCAGGCUCUGUUCUAGGCACUAAGGAUACAAUUCGCAAGCUCAGGUGACUGGCAACUGACUCUCAGCAUUUCCAGCUGAGGCCAGAGCCGGCUGCAAGGGCACACCCGGCUCAGACUGGACCGAGGACCACUAACACCUACAUGACUACUCAGCUCUCAGCUUCCCGACAGAGGUGCUAAUCUUGAGGGUCUGACCCUCCCUCCUGCACACUUCGGUUCCAUCUCUCAGGAUGAUCCCUAAGGAGCAGAAGGGGUCCGUGAUGGCUGCCAUGGGGGACCUCACUGGACCAGUCCCUUUGCUGGACCUGGGCAAGAAGCUGAGCGUGCCCCAGGACUUGAUGAUGGAGGAGCUCUCGCUACGCAACAACAGAGGAUCCCUCCUCUUCCAGAAGAGACAGCGCCGGGUACAGAGGUUCACCUUUGAAUUUCCAGCCAGCCAGAGGGCGCUGGUGGACCGAAGCGCCAAGGGGAAGGUGAUGGGAACAGCGGGAACAGCGGAGGCCGGCCCCCUUCAUGCCCAGGGGAAGGUUGCCAACGGCCCCGAGGGGCAGAGCUGCAGCUCCGAGCUCCACAUCUUCCGGGCCACGCCCGGGGGCCCCGAGGUGGCCCAGCACUCAGCCUUCCCUGCGGAGCGCCCCCGCAGCCCCAGCGCCCUGGCGCCAGGCUAUGCCCAGCCGCUGAAGGGCGUCCCGCCGGAGAAGUUCAACCACACGGCCAUCCCCAAGGGCUACCGCUGUCCUUGGCAGGAGUUCAUCAGCUACCGGGACUACCAGAGCGAUGGCAGAAGUCACACCCCCAGCCCUGCCGAGUUUCGAAAUUUCAACAAGACCCCGGUGCCCUUUGGAGGACCCCUGGUUGGGGAGAAUGUUCCCAGGGCAGGCACCCCCUUCGUCCCGGAGCUCAUCAGUGGCUUAGAACUCCUCCGUCUCAGACCCAGCUUCAACAGAGUGGCCCAGGGCUGGGUCCGCAACCUCCCCGAAUCUGAGGACCUGUAGCCCCAGCCUGACUAUUCAAUUCCCUUAUCUUGGUGUCCGGGUGACAUCUUGGAGCCAAGACUUGGGGACAGUCCCUAAAUAGGGUGUGCUUCCAAAUUUCCUGGGGACGAUGUUUUGAACACAGAUUUCUGGCCUGCCCCAGACUUGCAGCAUCAGAAUCUCCUGAGUCGGGGACUCUCUAUUAGUAACCAACACUCCCAGGAGACUCCAGUGAAACUCGUCCAUGGUUUGCGUCUUUAGGAAUCCAAGCCACCAAUGAAUUCACAUCCAUGCCACCACCCCUCCCUGCUCGUGUACUCCAGCUUACACUCCUCCGGUGACAGGGAGCUCACUAGCACCUGUUUACCUGUGGAUAACUCUGAUAACUAGAAAGCUUUUCCUUUUAUUGAGAUGCAGUUGGCCUUCAUUCAUGUGCUAAACAUUUGCUACUUACCUACUAUGCACUGGACACCCUGCCAGCCCCAGGGAGAGUGUGUGGCGAAUAAGCCCAGGCCAUGGCCUAGAGGAAGAGAGGACAGUAGGGAAGACAGCUUUGGAAAGCAGUAAAUCGUGUUAAUUUUCCCUACAGCACACUAACUGGGGAAUAAAGUGCCGUGAGGCAGAGGAGGGGGUCCCUACCCCUGGGUGUGGGGUGGGGUUCUGGGCCGCUUCUCAGAGACUUUGAGUGGGACCCCAGAGGAGGAGUGAGAGCCGUCACGGGAAGAGGGAGUGAUGGGGAGGGCAUUCCUGCCGAGUAGACCAGCAUGUGCGAAGUGCAGAAUUGUGCACAGGUGGAGGUGUUCUGGAGAAAGGAGAGGGCUGUGUUGGAGGGGUGAGGGCCACCGUGGGGCGUACUCUGCUAAGGAGAUGGGGGCGGUUUUUAAGCUGGGGAGUGAUGGGUCUUGCUAAGUGGGGCAAAGAUUGGAGAGGACUGAGGCCGGGAGCCAGGACGCCUACAGAGAACAAGGUCUGGACUAGGCAGGUGGCCACGGGGAUGGAAAGAAGGGGCACGCCUCUGGCCACCUUCUAAGACAGGUGCAAUGUGGGGCACCUAUAAGGACUCCUUCUUUCUUUUCUCCUGCUCACCAUCCUGAGCAAGCCUCAGGGUAAAUCAUGUCCUAGUUCCCAGCAGGGGUAGUUCAAGGGCUGUGCUCUAGCUCAUUCGGAAAAGGAAAGAAAGGAGUGCCUCUCAGUUCAAGUGAUGAUGGGGAGGACAAUGAUGACGAUGGUGCUGGUGGCUGCUUUUUAUUGGGUGCCUCCGUGCUUGGGCUGGUAGUAGACUCUUCACAUGUCUUAUUUCUUAUUUUCAGUACAACCCUGAGGAAAAGGUAUGGUCCCAUUUUACAGAUGUGGAUAUCCAGGCUCAAAAGAAGCGGCUUGUUCAGGGACAGAGCUAAAAUGGGAAUCUGUCUAAUUCUAGUGGCUCUCCCUUUUCACUCCACUGGGUGGCCAGGCCAAGGCCCACUCACUCUGGAAUCAUCUAAGCAUGGUGUCCCGCCUUAGGGUUUAGAGGUAAAAAGUGCACGCUGGGUAGUCAGAGCAGAUGAACUGCUACUGUUAGCUGUGUGAACUUGAACAAGCCAUUUCUCAUUGGUGGGCCUGUCUCUCCCCCCCGUAACACGAGGGCAAGACCAGAAGCCCUGUGUAGGGUUGUUGCGAGCACAGUGAUGGCCACAUACCUAAGAAGCUCUCAGUCAUUCUUAGAUUCCGUGCAGCCCCUGCUUUUGACUGGAAGAGAUGUUCUUGUAGCAGAUGCAGCUUGAGCAGUUGUCUGCGAGAGACCAUUGGGAUCGGUAAAGCUUAAGCUUGAAGGAAAGCCUCUGAUCACUGCAGGGCUCCCUCUGGACAUGAAUUACCUCCUCACUGCCCCCCAACUCCCCACCACCCCGCCUCCUUCUGCCUCUUCCCUGACUCCCUCUCUUGGGGAGAUGAGAAGGUGAGAAAUCCAGCUAAUUCCCAGGGUGCAUGGGAUAGUGGUUGCAUUUUGUUCUGGACUUCUACUUCACCCCACACAUUCUCAAGGGGCCAGCAGCCCAUUAGACUUGCUUGCAAUUAACGUGUUGUCUUGAGUUUGGGGGCUGCUGUUUAAAGCCAUGUUUGCACCAGCUGAAAACCAACCAUUAAAGUGUCUGCCUCU